AUGAGCACUGCAGGAAAAAUAAUUAAAUGCAAAGCUGCUGUGUUGUGGGGCCUGGAGCAACCCUUUUCCAUGGAGGAAGUAGAAGUUGCCCCACCAAAAGCCUAUGAAGUUAGAAUUAAGAUUUUGGCCACGGGAAUUUGUCGCUCAGAUGACCAUGUAGUGAGGGGAACCCUGUUUACUAAGUUUCCAGUAAUUCUGGGGCAUGAAGCAACUGGGAUUAUAGAGAGUGUUGGAGAAGGGGUGUCUAAAGUGAAACCAGGAGACAAGGUCAUCCCACUCUUCUUCCCACAGUGUGGGAAGUGUUCUUCCUGUGCACACCCUAAUGGCAAUUUGUGUGUGAAGUUUUAUUUUUCCAGAAAGGGAGUAUUGUCCGAUGGCACCACCAGAUUUACCUGCAAAGGGAAGCCUGUCUACCAUUUCAUAAGCACCAGUACUUUCACUGAGUACACUGUGGUGGAGGAAGACUCAGUGAUUAAACUUGAUGCUGAUGCUCCUCCUGUGAAGACCUGUUUGAUUGGCUGUGCAUUCUCCACUGGCUAGGGGGCUGUAAUGAAGACUGCCAAGGUCACCCCUGGAUCUACUUGUGCUGUCUUUGGGCUGGGAGGAGUUGGCCUCUCAGUUAUUAUGGGAUGUAAAGCAGCUGGAGCUUCCAGGAUCAUUGCAAUUGACAUCAAUCCAGGCAAAUUUGAGAAGGCCAAGGCAGUAGGAGCCACUGAGUGCAUCAACCCUAAGGACUACACCAAGCCCAUCAGUGAAGUGCUGAAGGAGAUGACUGGCAAUUCUGUGGAGUACACCUUUGAGGCUGUUGGGCACCUUGAUACCAUGAUUGAUGCCCUGGCUUCCUGUCAUAUGAACUAUGGGACCAGUGUGGUAGUAGGGACUUCUCCACCAUCUAAAAUGCUCACCUAUGAUCCCAUGCUGCUGUUCACUGGGCGUACCUGGAAAGGAUGUGUUUUUGGAGGUUGGAAAAGCAAAGAUGACCUCCCCAAACUGGUGUCUGAUGUCAUGGCAAAAAAAUUUGACUUGGACCAAUUAAUAACCCAUGUCUUACCUUUUAAUGAAAUCAAAGAAGGAUUUGAUUUACUCUAUAAAGGAGUCAGCAUUCGAACAGUCCUGACAUUUUGA